CCCCAGAUUCUAGUCGACCCCAGACUGCGCCCCGGACGGGUGGUGCGCCGUGGUCUGCGUAGACUCGAAAGCUGCCCCUCAGCCGAAAACCGCCACUAUGCAUGGCUGCCACGAGCCUCCAACUCGGAGGCUAUGGUUUCCAUUUUGGAACAAAUCGUCAAUUGCUUGCAGAGCACCAGAGAAACUGCAGCUCGUAUAAAGCAAUUGUUCGUCUUGCACACGUCGCAACGGAAUAAGCGAGUUCUUGUCAACAUACCUCUCCAGACCCAGGCACUCUCACCAUUUUAGCCACUUUCAACGUUCAUCUGCAGCCUCAAGCUACAUCAUGCGCUCCUGGCUUGGAACCGGAAAGUCCCUCCAGUUUGGAGUGACAGUGUGCUGUCUGAUAGCUUUCGUCCUGUUCGGAUACGACCAGGGCGUGUUCGGAGGAAUCCUGCAGAACAAGGACUGGCUCGAUCAAUUCGGUCACCCAUCCGACUCCAAGACAGGUAUCAUCGUCAGCUGCUACAACCUAGGAUGUCUCGCUGGCUGCGUUCUAAAUUUCUUCUUGGGUGAGACGCUCGGUCGACGCAAGACAAUCUGGGUGGCAAUGGGGUUCGUCAUAGUCGGUGCCACCCUGCAGACUACCGCCUUCACUGUCCCUCACCUGGUCAUUGGGCGCGUCAUCACCGGGUUCGGUACUGGACUCAAGACAUCGACAGUUCCAAUGUAUCAGGCAGAGCUCUGCGAUAGGAAAUCACGCGGCCGUCUGGUGUCGGCUGAAGUCCUUUUCGUCGGCGUCGGCAUCGUCUUCGCUUACUGGUUGGACUUCGGACUGUCCUUCGUCGGAGGUGCUCUCGCAUGGCGGUUCCCCAUCGCGUUCCAAAUGGUAUUUGCUAUCGUGGUCAUAUUCCUAGUCUUUGCAUUGCCCGAGUCUCCUCGCUGGCUCUUCAACCAUGGACGCGAGGCCGAAGCCAUGGAGGUUCUUUGCGCGGUAUACGGGAAAGGACCUACGGACGAGUACAUCGUCCAAGAGAGGGAUGCCAUCAUCCAAGCCAUUCAGCUCGAGGAUUCUGCUAGCGCGGCAAAGUCUUAUCUCGCCAUAUUCAAGAAUGAUGGCGUCAAGACCGGAUAUCGAGUGCUCCUGGCAUGGGGCAUUCAGUUCAUGAACCAAGCAGGCGGCAUCAACCUCGUGGUGUAUUACAUCCCCUCAGUGUUGGUCCAGAACGUCGGCAUGACCCCUCAUAUGGCGCAAAUCUUGGGAGGAUGCAUCAAUAUGAUGUUCAUGUUUGGAUCGAUCCUUCCCUCCUUCGCGCUCGACCGUAUGGGCCGCCGCAAGACGAUGAUGUGGGGCUGCUUCGGCCUGGGGAUCUGUAUGCUGAUGAUCUCAGCGCUUCUGUCCCAGUCGGGCGUUGCCAAUGGACAAGCUUAUGCGUCUGCAGCCGUCGCAUUCUUCUUCUUGUACAUGCUGAUCUUUGGCAUGAGCGUCAACUGUGUGCCUUGGGUAUAUGUGCCCGAGAUCCUCCCGCUGGAGGCGCGCACAAAGGGCACGGCUGUGGGUAUCAGCUCAAACUGGCUCUGGAACUUCACCGUCGUCACUAUUACUCCUGUCAUCAUCAACAGACUACAGUGGAAGGCGUACCUGAUCUUCAUGGCUACCAACCUACUUUUUGUGCCGAUUUUCUACUUCUUCUAUCCGGAAACGAGCAAUCUCCGCCUCGAAGAGGUUGAUUACAUCUUUUCGCAGGGCGGUAACCCUGUGCAUGUCGCUGCAAGAAUGGCUAAAGCUAUGGAAGAGGAUCAGGAAAAGAUGGACAACGCUCCACCGCAGACAGGCGAGUCCAUCUUUAAUCAGGAGAUUCAGGUCAUCUCCAAUGACAAGGCGUGA